CUUAAAAGAGUGUUUUUUUUUUGUUUUUCAUUUCUUGCGACGUAAACAGAGAGCGAUGCAGUUGGUUCCAUUCAGCGGCGGCGGUUACGUCCCUGAAUACGUGUCUGGAGACGAGGGCGUGCUGACGACGCUGAUCGUGAACGUGUGCGUGUUCACGGCGCUGGUGGCGCUGUUCCUGCUGGUCAAGGACAGAAAGCGGUGGGAGUUCGUCUACACGCCCCAGGCGGGCAGGAGGCCGAAGUUUCGCGAGUCGCUCAAGGAGGUGCGCACGAAGCCGGAGCGGCAGUUCAUAUCCGGGGUCUGGAGGUGGGUUCCGUUCGUUUGGAACUACCCGGACGAGCAGCUGUUUUCGGUGUACGGGAUAGACAGCUGGAUAUAUGUCCAGUUUCUGAAAUUUUCUGUGUUGGUGUUUGGCUUUGUGGUGUUCGUAGCGAUGACGAUACUGAUGCCAGCGAACAUGACGGGCUCGAGCCACCAGGGGGGGUUCAACUCGACUUGCAUCAACAACAUCGACCUGGAGGACCGCAACAUCUACGCGCACGUCGUGGGCAUGUACUUGAUCACGGCGUUCAUCCUGUACGUGGGCUACCUGCACUUCGACCGCUACCUCGCGCACUACUGGAGCUACAGGAGGCAGCCGCUGCUGCACAACUAUAGCUGCUACGUGCGGGACACCGAGGGCCUCAGCAGCUCGAGGGACCUGUACGAGCGGGUCAGCGCCGCGCUGCCCCCGGGCGAACUCUACGCGGCCUCUAUGGCCGUCGACGUGGGGCUGCUCGCGGCAGAGACGGCGUUCAGACGCGAACUCGACGAGAAGCUCUACCGCUGUCAGUGGACCCUCAGCAACACCGGCGUCCGCAAACGCAAAAAACUGACAGACCUCCACCUGCGCCCGGACCUCCCACCCAUCCAAUACCUCUUCUUCUCCGAAAACGCAUCCCCGGACGCCGCGUACGCGCACCAGGAACCGGGCUACGUCGACUCAAUCCUCUGGUACGAGGCCUACAUUCGAUGCGUAGACUCACACAUACAAGAACUCAAACAUGCCAUCGAAUUGUACCAAUCUCGCCGCUUCCUCCUAGACCCCACAGAACCCUCCCUCCAAGACCAAAUCAAGCACGAACAUUCCGGCAUGCACCUCCCCCUCCUCCGCGCCGACCCCCCCUUCGACCUGCAAGACCGCUCCUCCUCUCAAGGCUUCUUCCUCUACACCGCCUCCCAGGCCGUCCGCAAACUCCGACUCGCCCUAAAAUCCCCCCUCUCCUACUUCAGCCUCCAACCCCCCCUCCACUACGCCUUCGACGACCUCUCGUCUCCCCCCCUGCGCUCCCUGCAAAAAUACAUCGACUCCAUCGACUACGAACCCACCAACGGCUUCCUAACCUUCAACACCCCCUGGAACCUCCAAAUAUUCCUCCUCGCCUACCGAAAAAUGCCCCCCAUGCUUCGCUGGCGCACACACGCGAGACAGAUCGAAAGCGACCUCGAAUGGGACAACCUGCAAAUCAGCAAAACCGAACGCUGGAGCCGCGACGUCUGUCUCCUCUCCUCCUUCUUCCUUCUGCUCUUCUUCUGGGUCGAACCCAUCGGCUGGAUCAUCCAACUCCUAGACGUCCAAAACCUGAAAAACGUCUGGCUCCUCUCCAACCUCAUCUCCUACCUCAACGACCACUCCCCCCUCCUCAUCAACUUCAUCACCAAAUUCACCCCCUCCCUCUGCAUCCUCCUCUUCAUGAACCUCCUCGUCCCCAUCUCCCGACUCGUCCUCAAAUUCGUCGGCCGCAUGAGCACCAAAACCCAACAAGACAUCGCCGUCUUCAACACCCUCUACACCUUCUUCCUCUUCCUCAACCUCCUCUUCAUCCCCAUCGAACUCUGGAAAUUCCGCACCUACGUCAGCGAAUUCCUCCAAUCCCCCCUCCAAAGCUUCCUCGACUCCGCCGCCUACCUCGGCAAAACCUGGCCCACCUACGCCGCCUUCUACGUCAACUACAUCAUGAACUCCGCCGUCAUCAACAGCACCCUCUACCUCUGCGCCCUCGUCCCCAUCUGCCUCUACUCCCUCCGCCGACUCACCUGCAGGACCCCGCGCGACCUCCUCUCCACCCGCCUCUCCUGCAACGGCGAAUUCGAGUACGACUGCCAAUACGCCCGCCACCUCAACAUCUUCACCGUCGCCCUCACCUACUGCUCCCUCUCCCCACUCACCUCCGUCGCCACCCUCUUCUACUUCCUCCUCUGGUACCUCGUCGACAAGUUCUCCAUCCUCUACCGACACGACAAAUCCUCCGACAGCGCCGGCCAGUGGGCACCCCUCAUCUUCAAACGCAUCUACCUCGCCCUCUUCCUCUACCACUUCGCCCUUCUCGGCACCCUCAUCCUCAAACGCGCCUACUGGACCACCCUCCUCAUGCUCCCCAUGUUCUUCCUCGACUUCUCCAUCUACAUCUACCUCCUCCCAAAAAUGCUCAAACGCGCCUCCCGCUGGUCCCUCGAAGACCCCUACCCACUCCAACCCACCGCCUCCCAGUGCGGACUCGACAAGCGUGGCUACGUCCACCCACUCCUCAAAAAAAACCCAUAAAACCCCCCCCUCAUAUAUAUAUAUAUACACACACACACACACGGGGCCUCACA